AAUCGAAGCCUCAUCCAGGUACCAUCUGUCUACAACAUUUUCAAAUUGAAGCCAGAACUUCGUUGUCACAAACCAAAAUGAAAUCAUUCAUUGGUUGCGCCAUUUUUGCUGUCAUCAUCGCCGCGGUAGCCUGUGCCCCGCAGUUUGGAUUUGGAUCGUCUGGAGCUGGAGCCAACGCAGCAUCCCAAGGGAUGGGCAUGGGUGGUGGAUUUCCCGGCAUGGGCGGCGGAAUGAGCUCCUCAAACGCGAACGCUGGUGCCUGUAGGGUACAGUGUUAUAGUAUAGAAACUGAGGUGAUUGGCGUUAAUGCAUCUAGAAAAUGUUCGAUCCGGGUGGAUCAGUUGAACGUAAAUCCAAUCUUCGAGCAGGUUGGCUUUGGAAUGGGCGGUGGAUUUCCCGGAAUGGGUGGCGGCAUGGGUUCCUCUUCAGCAAAUGCUGGCGCUGGUUCUCAAGGAAUGGGUGGCGGAUUUCCCGGUAUGGGAGGUGGAAUGAGUGCAUCGAACGCAAACGCUGGAGCACAAGGCAUGGGAUUCGGCGGAUUCGGUGGAUAAACGAUAUUUAUCGAACGAGAUUUUCGUACUGUUUUUCAC